AUGGCUCGGAUCACCCACGAGAACGGUGCCUACAAAUUGUCCAUGGCCGGUACGCACACGAUGGAAGACUCUGAAGAAACCCUCACGGGCAUCGACGGCAUUUUUCAGCCUGAGGUCGACAAUAUUCUAGAAGGCGGUGCUGGACCAGAGGGAUGCCUGACUAUCCUGCGCAAUCGAUACGCUGACCGCCCCGAGAUGUUGGAUAGACUCCCCUCGCGAUCGAUGUUGAAGUCUAGAAAACAGUACAUCAGCCGCGAAGAUCGAGCGGAUGCUAUCUCCAACUACGCCGAGCUUGCCAUGUGGGCGGGGCCUCGCGAAUGCACUACGCGCGACCAUUCUUCGGCCAUAUUCAAGGCAAGGCCGGCCGAUUUCCUCUACGAGCUGAUCGUUCUGAAGUGUUUCACGUACGGUGACAAUGACGAGGAAAUGGGUGUUGUCGUGACUACACGUACUCUGCUACGGAACGUCGUCGGGGCUGUCAACGGACAAAGCGAUCACGGCGUCGUCGCAGCAGCUGAUGGCACGUACAAACUACACAGAGGUGGCUGGACACUCGUGGACUUCGGCUCGUAUGCUUUGCACCACGCACGCGGGGCGUUUCAGCACAAAUUCAUCCCCUGUGCGAACAUGUUUGUCCGAUCUGAGACUACGGAGACAUACCAGGCUCUGUAUGCAACUAUCCGGUCAGCAGUGCAAACCUUCUUCAACAUCGAUUUGCAGAUUGCCUUUGGAUCACUGGACCACUCAGACGCAAUCACCAGCGCGUUUACUGUAGAUUGGCCGGCUGCCUGGGAAAACGUCGUUCUACCUUCACUGAACUGGCUCCAUAAAGCUCGAACGACCAAACAGUUCAUUGCUUUAGCCGCGGUGGUCACGCGGCAAAUCCGUGUCGACAACGAGGCGCCAUACGAGGCGUGGCUGCCCGAGGAAUAUCUUGCAGAACGAUGGCGCGCUUGGUUUGUGACGUGCAGUGGGUGCCCGGGCAUUGUACCGAACCAGAAUCCUAUCGAGGCGUACCACAAGACGAUCAAAACCGCGAAUGUCCUAUCUCUACGAGCCUCUACCGCCUAUGUCCUCAACCAAUCUUUACCCAGAAUCCUGUCAAGCGCAUCAGCCAACAGCAUCGUCGGUCUUCCAAUCACCACUUUCUGCACUGGGCCCAUCCCACCCGAAAUGGUGGCGGCGGCGGCACAACUGCUGAGCCAAAGCGAAAAUCACCGCGUCGUGUUCAAGCCUCGGGCGCAGCGCAGAGAGAAGGAAGCGGUUGUGUUCAACGCAAAGGCGUACGUCGUCGGAAACACGAAUCUCAACGGCGUCGCUGUCACUCAAAAGCGAGUGCAGACGUUUUUAAAGUCGCUGGGGGGAGUGCUCAAGCCAAAUGCCCAAGUGAGCACCAUUUCGAUCGACUAUUUGUCGCUCCACAAGGUUGCCGUCCUGGAAACUACGCCGUAUCAACACAACUGGGAGUCACCAAACUGGUCCAUGGAAGAGAUCCGUGCAGUUCGUAACAGAUACCGAUGCGAUUGCAAAGCACACUACUCGUCUGGUUGGAUCUGUAGCCAUGUGCUGGGCGCAUUAGCGAUUCUGGACAAUUUCGACUUAGGCCGCAUGCUUAAGCGCCUGCCAGCUCGACGACCACCCGGCAGACCACGCAAAAGUCCACGCGCCCUACAGAAGGAUGGUGAGGCGUAUUUUUCGGCAGUGCGUCUUCAGCGAGAGCUGCCGAAGCGCCCCGCGAUGGCUCUGAACUGGCAGUGCAGUGUGGAGUUCAAGGAAACUGUCGACGGUGUGGUGUCCUACGAAAACUACAAAGGUAAGGUGCGCUCCUGGAGUAAUCGGGCUGGUGUCUACCACUGGAAGGUAGAGUUUGAGAACGGAGUCAUCAAGCAGCUGAAAGCGCAGGAGCUGGCGAAGGCGCUAGAGUACGCUGACUCUACUGGUAUUGCUGUUGCUGGGCCGUGA